AUGGCGACGUCGAAGAAUACCAAGGGUACUGGCACUGGAGUACCUGAGAAGAAUAUGAAGAAAAUUCAAACAGCUCCAAGCAAAAAUAUUGUACUUCAUGGACUGGAAGCGACGGGGAAAUCCGCCAUCACGAAAGCUAUCCUCGAAGCAUUAUCAGCCAAUUCUCUGGCGCACAACGACGUUCCAGAAGAGCAAUUCAACAAUGAAUUAAAAUAUUCCAUAAUCAAAAGCGCGGAGUGUAUAUCAGGGAGACAUUUGUUGGAACAAACUAUAGGAGCUAUUGCGAAUGCUGUGGAAUGGAGGGGCAAUAUACCAAGAUGUGAGAAUCUUGCACAGUUAGUCGUCGAGGUAGGAAAGCUACUCGAAGGUUGGACUUCCACAAAUGAGGCACAAGCCACAAAACAAAGAUUUGUUCUUGUGUUUGAUGGCAUUGAUCGGCAAAAAGAAGCUCCUCCAACUUUGCUACCAGCAUUAGCCCGAAUGGGUGAAAUUAUCCCCCAUCUUACCACAAUAUUUAUCACCACAGUUCCUCGACCAAGCUUUUUCCAUCUCCCUGGGAUCCCUCAUAUUCAAUUCCCGUCAUACACAAAAUCCGAACUUGUGACAAUUCUCUCCCGUAUCUGCAAACCUUCCCCUCGACUCCCUGGCGGUUCCAAAGAAACCUUCUCUAUUUGGGAACGCUUAAUUCCAACGAUUUAUGAUUCACUUUCAAAACAUUCAGGACGUGACCUCCUCUCGUUUCGCACAAUCUGCCUCCAAUUAUGGCCUACAUUUAUACAACCAAUACUUAAUGGGACAUACACGUCUAACGAAUUCUCUCGCCUUCUCAUUGCCAAUCGUGCACUUCUCCAAAAUGAUACCCUUCUCACGCCAUCUGUACUUGCUCCUACCACGAGUUCAACAAAAACGAUAACAAGCACCACCAAGCCUCAAAUCCAAAACACAAUCACAACCCAUCUUCCAUAUCAUACUCGUCUUCUCCUCAUCGCUUCCUAUCUUGCUUCCCACAACCCCCCUCGCACAGAUCAGCAUCAUUUCCUACAGCAAAUGUCAAUAUCCAGGCGUAAAAAGCGCGGCGGCGGGACAGCGCUCACAGCUUCAACUUCCCGACCUGGCGUCUCGAAAUCACGCAAAAUCCCUCGCAAACUACUAGGGCCUCAAGCAUUCCUAUUGGAAAGAAUGAUUGCUAUCUACCACGUUUUACUCGAGGAUGCCGAUGGGCGGGGCCGCUAUUCAUCUAUAAAUGGGAAUAUUAAAAGGAAAACCAAAGGGUUGGGCACGGGAGAAGCAGACAUACAAAUGGCUAUUGCCACACUUGCUAGCUUGCGCUUAAUUGCUAAGAUGGGAAGUGUAAAUGCGGCAGAUACAUUAGAUGGAGGUAGUCGAUGGAGAGUUGCAGUUGGGUGGGAGGUAGUAAGGGGGAUUGCGAGGAGUGUGGGGGUUGAGGCAGAGGAUUAUCUAGCGGAAUGA